CCACCGAACGAUCGAGUGAAGAGCAGGCAACGGUACAAAUUUGUAGGAAGUCCCUAAUUCACUCACUUCCAAGUAAUGUGCUCAACUCGGGACAAACCGCGGCAUUCCAACCUACAAUGCCAACACAGGCAAACUUUGUGAGAACGCCAACGCAACCAAAUGAAACCCGACAAUACAACCACCUCCGCGAAAUGAUAAUUUACAAUGCUCCAGUACUCUACGGCGCAUCACCUCGUGUACUUCAUCACGGGUAUUCCGUCAUCACCACACGACUUACCGCGACUAUCGGCAAUGAACACCAAGCAGCACUAGUUGCAUUCUCUGGUCCAAAUGGCUCGGUUCAGGGUAUUCUUCUCUGCAAAAGCGAACCGAAAGCAUCGCCGAUGGACGCUAUGGAAGACCUCUUGGCCAGUAUGGAACGAGAACUGGGUGGAAUGUUGAGCCAGGCUAUAUCCGGAGAAAAAAUACCUUACAAAACCGACCAGAAUUUCCAGAAGCAGAGCGAGGUUUUUAUGCGAGAAGCAAAACCUGUACACUCUAAAUUAGCUUUUCUCCAGCGAUAUGCCGCUCCUAUCGCUCGAAGGCUAUCGCUAGCACCCAGCGUGCGAUCUACCCCAGACUUGAAUCAGAUGAUACCCAACCGACCACCCCGAAAUCUGUCAAACAUAGCUUUGAAUGGAGAUACUGUGAAUCCAUUCAGAAACAAGUUGUACCGCAAGCCCGCACCUCCGAUUCAGGAUGGGUACAAGGCAUAUGAGCCGCCUUCGCUACCAAGUCAACUAGAGGAAUAUGAAGCGUACCGCAAGCCUGCACCUCCGAUUCAGGAUAGGUACAAGGCAUAUAAGCCGCCUUCGAGUCAACCAGAGGGAUACACAGCGUACCGCAAGCCCGCACCUCCAAUUCAGGAUGGGUACAAAGCAUAUAAGCCGCCUUCGCUACCGAGUCAACUAGAGGAAUAUGAAGCGUACAGGAAGCGCACACUGUAUUGA